AUGCCCGAUCGGCAUUUGGCAGAAGAUAACGAGCCUCAACGGCCUGAGACUGUGCGUGACGAGUUGAAGGAGCUGUUUGGAAGCACUGACCUGAGGAGACUUUCUUAUCGGCCGCAACCCCACUCAUCUACUUUCGCAGCACCUGAGAUGUUGCCUUCACCAAUUCCUGAAGAAGAGGAUGUUAGCUUCCAGACUCUCAUGAGCAACGCAAAACGCGUACUGCCCAACAGAGUUUGGGCAAAGCAGGAAAGACUUGGUAGAGAGCUGACACGCCAAGGCAUAAGAUUCCUCACAUUGGUGGAUGCUGCGGCCUGUUUACCAAAGAAGCACUGGUCAUGGACUGUAAAGGAGGCAGUUAGCACACUAUACGCGAUCAAGGAUCGUUGCGGAGAAGUAAUGGAGAGCCUAUGGUACCAGAACCUUAGUGACACUGAUGGGCUGCACGAGAAGGCCAGAAUCCUCCAUCUAACACAUAACGCUAGAGCUUAUGUGUUAGUAGUUCGACUUACCUUCUUUCUCUGCCGUCUGGAAGGCAAGCUCAUGGCUGAGGUCGACGCUGAUGUGGAACGCAAUACUUCGGCUCUCGGCGUACCGCCCAAUUUCAACAUCUUCGAUGAGUUAGAGCAGCUAGAACUACGCAUCGAGACGAAUCGUGACGAGUGUUUAGAAGCUUUCGAAGAUGGCGCUCAAAUGGAAUGGCGCGGGGAACCGGUCCCGGUCGAAAAGGUAUCAGCUCCUAUAGAAGGCCUCACUGAUGCCGACUGCGCCCUAUCGGAUUAA